UGUGAAUAUUUUGCGGGAAAGGAUUGGCGGUAUCCAAGUUUGGAGUUUGAGAGAUGAAUACGCAAAUUCAUCCUCACACAUCUCUUCUCUUCUUCCCUCCGAAUCGAUUCAAUUUCAUUUCUUCAUUCUCAUCUUUUCGUCGGAGAAACCCACAAUUUGCGGUGCGAGCAAGCCCAAAGAAGAUAUCCUUCGGUAAGGAAUGCAGGGAGAAUUUACAAGUCGGGAUUGAUAAACUCGCUGAUGCAGUCUCUCUUACGGUUGGACCCAAAGGACGGAAUGUUAUUCUUUCUGAAUCUGGAAAACUUAAAGUAAUAAAUGACGGCGUCACAAUUGCUCGAUCCAUAGAGCUUUCCGAUGCAAUUGAGAAUGCUGGUGCCAUGCUAAUUCAAGAGGUUGCAAGUAAAAUGAAUGAUUUGGCUGGUGAUGGUACCAGCACUGCAAUUAUUUUGGCUCGCGCUAUGAUUAAAUCUGGAUUAUCAGCAGUUGCUUUUGGGGCAAAUCCUAUUUCUUUGAAGAAGGGAAUGGAAAAGACAGUAAAAGAUUUGGUGAAGUUCUUGAAGAAGAGAAGUAUUCCUGUUGAAGGAAGGGAUCAUAUCAAAGCUGUAGCUUCGAUUUCUGCUGGAAAUGACGAGUAUGUUGGUAAUUUGAUUGCUGAAGCUAUAGAGAAGAUUGGAUUUGAUGGGGUAAUCACCAUUGAGUCAUCCCGAUCAUCUGAAACCUCUGUGGUAAUUGAAGAAGGGAUGAAGAUUGAUAGGGGUUACAUGUCUCCUCACUUCAUCACCAACCAGGAAAAAUCCAUUGUAGAGUUUGACAAUGCUAAAGUUUUGGUAACGGAUCAGAAGAUUUCAAGCGUCAGAGAAAUAGUUCCUUUGCUGGAAAAGGCUAUGCAGUUGAGUGCUCCGCUCUUAAUUAUUGCGGAGGACGUUACUGCACAAGUGUUGGAAACAUUAAUAGUGAACAAAAUGCAAGGAUUACUACGAGUUGCAGCUGUAAAAUGUCCAGGAUUAGGAGAUGGAAAGAAAGCAUUGUUACAAGAUAUUGCGCUCAUGACGGGUGCGGAUUUUCUCUGUGGAGAUUUGGGUCUUACACUUGAAGGUACAACAUCAGACCAGCUUGGUUCUGCACUGAAAGUGAAAAUAACCAGCAAUGCAACAACUAUAUUUGCUGAUCCAAACACUAAGGCUGAAAUUCAGGCUAGAAUUUUACAGAUAAAGAAGGAUCUUAUUGAAACAGACAAUGCAAACCAUUCGAGAAAGCUCUCAGAGAGAAUUGCGAAACUCACUGGCGGUAUAGCUGUUAUAAAGGUAGGUGCACACACUGAGCUAGAACUUGAGGAUAGAAAACUGAGGAUUGAGGAUGCUAAGAAUGCUACUUUUGCUGCCAUAAAUGAGGGACUUGUUCCUGGAGGGGGUGCCACAUAUGUCCACCUUUUGGACUUGAUACCUGCCAUAAAGAACUCCAUGGAAGAUCUAGAUGAGCAAAUUGGUGCUGAUAUUGUGGCGAAGGCACUUGUCGAACCUGCUAAAUCAAUUGCAGCUAAUGCUGGAGUUGAUGGAGAUGUUGUUGUCGAGAAGACUAGAACAUUUGACUGGAGAAUCGGAUACAAUGCCAUGACUGGCACAUAUGAAGAUCUUUUGAAUGCUGGAGUAGCAGAUCCUAGUCGAGUUGCAAGAUGUGCUCUUCAAAGUGCAGUCUCCAUUGCUGGCGUGGUUCUAACUACUCAAGCUAUAUUGGUUGAUAAAGUAAAAAAACCCAAGCCACGUGUACCCCUGGUCCCUGGUAUAACUCCCUAAAAUAGAGAAAACAAUUACAGUUUUGAAAACAGAGUAGGACUUAUUUGAUAAUGAAUGUCCAUUGGGUUGAUUAGUACUUGGGCAGCAACAAGAAUGCUCUUACGAAUGGAAAAGUCACGGUUGCUGUUUCUUACUCUUGGGGUAUGAUGAAACCCAUGUAUUACAAAGCAUAGGAACAAUUAGGAACCUAUAUCUGAUAUUGUCAAUAAUAAACUCCAAUUUGGAUGUUUAAGUGUGUCAGUGUCAUGGAAUUUGCUCUCUUUUUUGUCUAAGCCAGCCGCUAAUAUCUCGAGGUAUUGAAAUCUAUUGAAGGAUUUAACAUCUCCCAAUGGUUGCUGGUCUACACACACACCGGUCUAUCCUUUUCCUCGAGGCCAUGACAUAUGCUUAUAUAGGUACACUUGCAACAAUAUUACUUUAAGAAGGCUCUCCUACUACGCUGACUUGUGUCUUCAUUUUCCAGUUAAGGAGAGUAUAUUAUUCCAGAUUAUAGAAACUGUAAUGUUUGGCAGAGUAAUUGAGUAGCAGCACCUGCUUCUUCCUUUACUUAUGAUGUCGUAUGUCUCUCUAACAAGCCCCACUGUUUCUAAUCUCCUCUAUUUAAUUAAUCAUUUUUACAUAAAAAAACAUACUCAUUUCAGAAACACGUUUUAGUUAAUUAAUCUUAUUUCUGAUUGAGACACUGGCUCAUUCGCCCCAA